AUGCCCGAGCUGUGCUCUCCCCGUCUCUCCCCAGCGGCCGUGGAUCAAUGCACCCACGUGGCCCCCUGCGCCAACGGCGGCACCUGCUCCGUGGUGGGAUCCACGCUGACCUGCACCUGCCCCGGGACCUGGACGGGGGAGCGCUGCCAGACAGGGGCCGCCGGCGCGGCUCUGCUGGCCACGGAGACGGGUGAGACCCUGACGCCGGCCACCGACAGCGGUGGGACGGAGCCCAUUGCGCUGACAGCCCGCUCCGUCCCCGGGGUGCAGGGGACCAGCGCCCAGCAAGGAGCACCCCUGGGAACCCAGGCGUCCGGGACGUGGACGCUGGGGGAGCCUGGCGCCGAGAGUCCUGGGCCCCACGGUGUGGAGGGACGCCCUGAAAGCAGGGGCUUCUCCCCCUACCCCAGGACACGAGCAAACGGGAGCGCCGCGGCAGGGCCGUGGACGGAGCCCUUCACCACAGCGUCCCCAGACGGGCCCCCGCGUGUCUCCAGCGGCGCCCCGGAGCCGGCCGCCACCCCCGCGGCGCCAGCGCCCCGCUCGCCCCUGCUCCGCGGACCCCUCACGCUGGCGCCUGACGCGCUCCCCAGCACCCGGGACUCUCGCCCCAGCCCUGCCUCGGCACGGACGGAGCUGGCGAGUGACGCCCCGGCCUCUACGUCCGGCUGGUCUUGGAAAGGCGGGGGCCUGGGGGCCAGCGUGGCCCAGCCAGCCACAGACCGGACUGCGGUGCCCGGACCGGAGACCAUGACCCCGAGUGACCGCAGCAAAGAGCCCGAGGCGUCCACGCCGCCCAGGGGCCUGGCGCCGCUAUCGACAGACCCCCCGGCUCUCGCCUCGCGGCCUGCGACCCAGUACCCGCAAGGACCUGGCGCGGGGGGGAGCCACGGUGUGGCCACGUCCUCCCUGCCGCCUGUCUCCAGUGCUCCCCGUGCUGCUCCUGCGCUGCCGUCGCCGCGGGCCACCGAUGGGGACGGGGACACGAGUGUCACGGCGACGCUGCAUCAGGAGACGGCACAUCCAGGGACCCCUCGCACCACCGCGGCGCUGCCCCCCGGCCCUGGCACCCCACGGGCCAGCGCUCCCCAGGGCUCCUUCCCGCCUGCUGCCCCGGAGCCACGUGGGAGCCCCACGUCCGCCUCGGAGAGGGGCCUGCUCGGGUCCCCGCCUGUCCCGGGACCCUCCACACUCAGCUCAUCUCUGUCUUGGAGCGCAGCGACCGCAGGCCCUGCCACGGCUGCAUCCCCCUCGGCCUCGCGGCGCUGGAGCAGCGAGACGGCGAGGCCGGUGCUGGAGCUGUCACCUGGGCUCACGAGCACCACGCCGAGGCCGUCCAGCCCCGCCACGGAGCCUGCGCCCCCCAGCAGCGCGGCACAGACCCUCCCAGGCAGCAGCAGCACCCCAGGGGCUCAGCCCAGGCCCAGGCACCCCGUCCCCAAGCUGGCAUCGACCGCCGAGAGCACCGGGUCCCUGCCACGUCCGGCAGCCACAGGCAACGUCCCCCGGACGCGGGGCCCGCCCCCUGCCCGGCCUGCGAGCAGCACCGGGACGGCAGCUCCUGGUGCCGGCACCCGCCUCGGGGACGCUACGCCAGCUGCGAGACCUGGCCCGGCCGGCGUGACCGAGGCCCCGGCUCCAGCUGGACCCGCUGGGGAUGGCCACGGCACGGCCCAGCGCGUCUUCGUGGUGGAGGAUCAGCCCCCGCUCCUCAAAGCGCACGUCCUCCGUGUCCCCUGUGAGCUGGUGCUGGAGAUGGAGCUGGUCCCGGCGCUCCAGGACCCGGCGUCGCGGGAGCACCAGGGCCUGGUGCAGAGCUUCAACGAGACGGUCGCGCCUCUCUUUGCCGCCGUGCCGGGCUUCCAGCGCCUGGAAGUGAAGAGGAUCGGACGGGAGCAGCCACGGCCCCGCUCGGAGCUGCAGCCCUGGCCAGGCGGCGCGGUCCUGGAGUACGACGCCCUGUUUGCGCUGGAGCAGGGGCGCUGGCCGGCGCCCGGCGUGGGAGCCCUGCUCAACCUGACCAUGCAGUCCGGCCUGCGCAUCGCCAACGCCAGCGUGCUACGUGGCGCCGUGCUCGAGACCCGGCUGGACCCCUGCGCCCUGCUCUUCGCGUGCCCGGCCGGGUUCGAGUGCGUCGGCCGCGGAGACGGGAACGCCAGCUGCACGUCAGUGUGCCACCGCGACUACUGCAAGAACCACGGCAUCUGCACGCACCCCCGGGGCCGCGAGCCCGUGUGCCAGUGCCCGGUGGGCAGCGACUACUGGUUCAUGGGGCUGCGCUGCGACUACAAGGUGACGCACCAGGGGCUGCUGGGCGCAGCCUGCGGGGUGCUGCUCAGCGUGGCGCUGGUGGGCGCCGUCAUCGCCGGCCUGGUCAUCCGGCGAGUCAAGACCCUGCUGCUGGAGGCCAAGGUCGACCAGACCAAGAGCAGCUACAGGCGGUUCUGCCGGCUGGACGACGUCUCGGCCCAGUACUGGUCGCAGUCCUGGCUGGCCUCCGCCAACUCCCUGGACAACCCGGCCUUCUGCCCCUCCGAGGAGGUGCUGCACCUGCAGGUGCUGGACAACAGCUGCUGCAGCUGCAAGGACGACUCCCUGCUCGCCGACAGCUGCAAGCCGCAGCCCACGCCGCCCCUCCGCGCCGCCUGCCAGCCCAGUUUCCAGUACGACUGGGAAACCAGUUCCAGCAGCAUGAACGACCCCAUGAUCGACUCGGGGAAAGCCAGUGACAUUUCUGUGUCCAGCUGGCCCAUGGAGCCCAUUCAGUGGACGCCGUUUCCACUCCUGCACCAGCUUUCCCGACAGCGGCCGCACAAAGCCCGGCGGCCCCACUCCUACUGCGAGGGCAUGGAGCUGGUCAAUCUGGAAAGGAGCUGGACGGCCUAGACGGCAGCCGACGCACCACAGGCAACUCCGUUCAGCUUUUGAAACCAACCACGUUUUAUUUUCACAUAACAAGCUCGGUGAAGGAAUCUCAAACACUUGGACAAUACAAUCAAUGCAGGUAUGAUGUCAGUUUUACUCAGUGCAGGAGUCCUGAAGAUUAUCAGCUAAACUUUUCGACGUGAUUUCAGACCGGACUUUGGAAGCCAGCUUUGGUUUGGGACAGCAUCGUUAGCAGUAAAGGAGUUACAGAGAAGUGUCGAGCGACACGCAACGCUGGCAUCCGACAGAGUUAACGACUUACACCUGGCGGGUUGCAAAGACAAGUCUUUAAGAGUUUCUGAACGUCGCAUCAUACUAUGUACAUAGAUGGUCUGCCCUACAGCCAUUUCAGAACAAGCUAAGCCACUGUGAAGAUUGAAAUACAAAUUCCGCACUGCUGCAUUGUUCAUCGUGAUUCAUGUCAAUGAGGUAUAAAUUUUAAACACCAGGACAUUUUUAAGUAUUAAACUUUUAUUUUCCAAAAUGCUCUCCUCAUUUGCAAGUGUCCUGUCGAGGAUCUAGCUGGGCACAGAUGGUGGGGGCAGAUGAAAGCGAGGGCUUGCGAAGUACGGCAGGGGCUAGGACAACGCCAUCCUGAAGGUGCUCACACAAGAAGAGGGGAAGGAAAAGCAAGCUGCAGUUUUCUAAGCUUAGAAUCUCAUCUCCGAGCGGGCGCAGAGGGAGAUCUCUGACGAUAAAAUGCAGGGUUACCUCUUAAAAAUUAAUGCGCCAGAAUAAAAGAAAACCAGACUAUGGGAACACACAGCAAAUAGCAUCAUCGUGAUAUUUUCAUAGUAUAGAAAACAGCCUACAAAUAAAAAAAAAAAAA